CAAAGCUUCAGUGCCAACCAAGUCACAGCACCGACCUUCGUUUUGAACAUCAAAAAGAAGACCGUUAGCGCCAAAACGCUUACAUUCCCCUCCUUUUAUCGUCUCUUUCUUUCUCUCGCUCUGUUUCUCUGCAAACCCUAAAUCCUGAACACUGCACUGCACUCCUUAGUUUCCAAAACUCUCUUUCUCUCUCCCAUUCUCUCUGUUCUCUGCAACGAGCGAGGCGAGUUUUGGGUCGAGUGGUUUACGAAGCAACGAGUUGUCGCUCUGUUUGUCUGCAACGAUCGAGUGGUUUUCUGGGCUCAAGAAGGAGCGAGUUCUCUCUCUUCUUCUCUGCAACGAUUUGUGAUUUCUGGGUUUUAAAAGUAGCGAGCGAGUUCUUUCUCUCACUCACUGUCCAACAAUUGUGCGAAUUUUGGGUUUUGGAGUCGAGAAUCGAGAAUGACGUUGUCUACUCGAAAUCGAAAGCGUAAACAAUUGGGGGAUGGCGUUGCUCCGUUUGAGUUUCCGUUUCAGACCCAGAAGAUCAAGAGGGUUUCUAGGGUUUUUGAGACCCAACAGAAUUUAGCCGUGGAGAAAAAGCCGAUUACUUCUCUUCCUUUGCGCAAGGGUUUGUCGCCCAAACAGAUAAAGACCAUCCCUUUGGCUUCGUCUCCUAGAAAGCAUAGAAAGUCGGAGGAGUUAGGUUUUGAUGGUCUCUGUCAGACUCAGAAGAUCAAGAGGCAAAAACUAGGUUUUGAGUUUGAUUGUUCUGAAAUUUUGGGGUGUCUGAUGAACCUCCGCCAUGUGAGUAGGUACUUUGAGAAGCCUGUGGUGGUUGAUCCGGUUUAUGUCCACGACAUCUGGAGGCCGAUGGAUUUCGGUACUGUGAAAUCCAAAUUGGAGAGGGGUGUCUACUCCAGUCCUGAUGGGUUUGCUGCUGAUGUGAGGCUUACCUUGUCAAAUGCUUUAAGAUAUUAUCCACCUGGGAGGAUUGAGCGUGCAGCAGCCAAGCAUCUCAGUGGUGUUUUUGAGAGCAAGUGGAAGGAAGUCCUGGAGAAAAACCCCAAGUCUGUUUGUCCUUCUCCUCUGCCCAAAGUCAAGGGUUUGGCAGUGUUACCCAAAUUGAAACAGGGCAAGACCUCUUCUCCUUCUAGCGUUCUUCAAAGUCAAGGGCUUGGUGUUUCUGAUUCUCAGUCAGUUGAUUCAACCAAACACGAUGAGUUGGCCACCCUUGUUGAUAAUGCCAUGGAUCAGGCCUCAGAGAAUCUUUCCCAACGUGAGGCUGUCCGAAUUCAUGCACUAAAGCUACGAUUUUCAGGUACAAUAUUGAAAGCAAACAAGAUACUUAUGGGUGUACCUGAUUCUCCACCAAGGAGAAAAUCGAUGCAGCGGAUGAAGCAAAGGGAGUUGGCUCGCCGUGCCAUUUCGAACAUGAAGAAGUCAGUGCAAUUUGAGGACCCUUUACAGGAUCUCAAACAACUUGAGAUGCUGUGUGGCUGUGGCAGCGAAGAUCCUUGUCUACAGGUCCGCCUCGGAUUGCCGCUUAAGAAAUUGGGUGUAUUCCUCAGGGAAGAUGAUGAGUUGCAAGGUCAGGACGAGGAGGCCUUUUUAAAUGGAGAUUGGGAGGAAGGAGAGAUCUGGUGGGAGGAAGGCGAGAUCUGCUCUUGA